AUGUUCACUUCUAAACCUGCUUUCAGAAUCAAGAAUAAAACCUCCAAAUCAUAUAGAAACACAGCAGUUUCAAAAAAGCUGAAAGACAAACCUAUAAUUAAUCAUGUGAAGCCAAGCUGCUUCAAUGUUAUUCGACCACUCAAGAAGGAUAUUCAAAUUCCUGUACCUUCGUCUCGAUUUUUAAAAAAGAUCCAAAUACAUAAAAUAGCAUCUGGAAACCAAACUACUCGGUCUCAACAGUUCAAUAAGACAUCCAUAAAAUCUUCAAAGAAAUAUUUAAACUCAUUCAUGGCAUUCAGAGCCUAUUACUCUCAGUUUGGCUCCGGUGUCAAGCAAAAUAUCUUGUCUUCUUUGCUCGCUGAAGAAUGGCACGCGGACAAAAUGCAGCACGGAAUAUGGGACUACUUCGCGCAACAGUAUAAUUUUAUAAACCCUGGUUUUGGUUUUGUAGAGUGGUUGACGAAUAAUUAUGCUGAAGUACGUGGUGACGGAUAUUGGGAAGAUGUGUUUGUACAUUUGGCCUUAUAG